GGUCCACCCUUCACUUUGCUCCGGCUGGCUGGCUGGCUACCCUUCAGCUUUACCUUAAAGCCAUCCCCCUUGCUAAGGUGGCUCGUCACCUGGACUGCUCCCCGUCCUCAGUAAACGUCCUGCCUGCGGACAGCCUUCUGUGCAUGACAGAGGUGACCUACCCCAAACUUGUGUCUAAACCGGGUCACAAAUCUCAAAAAGCUGCCUUUACUGGCCUGAGUGUUAGCCAUCUCAACCUGUCCGGCAAUAGCCUCAAUCAGGUAACGCGAGAUGCCUUUCUGGGCUUAAAUGGGGAGUCUAGCCGGCUGCGUAGUCUGGACCUGAGUGAUAAUCAGAUUCAGUACUUGGAGCCGGCCUGGUUUGCAUCUCGUAAGAGUAUCAGCCAGUUGCGCAAACUAGAACUGAGGGGAAAUCGACUGGAGAAGCUGCACCCCGGUAUGUUGAGUGGACUGGAAUCCCUGGAAGAAUUGGAUCUUCGCUGCAAUCCCCUAAAUGCCAUCAUCGGGGGAACCUUCAGUAAACUCUCUCUUCUUCGUCAACUACUCAUCUCGGGUCCUCCUGUCGGAAUGAGUCAGGCUAGUUUAGGACGGUUGACACCAGCCAUGUUCCACGGAUUACACCAUCUUCAGAGGCUAACGCUCUCCAGGCUGGGGGUCAGUUCUAUUGAUUUGGAGAGUUUCCUGGAGCUGCGCGCUCUUCGUGACCUAGACCUCUCCGGUAACGCGCUGGAGGAAGUGCCCGGGGCUGCUCUCGAAAGGCUAUCUCUCACUCAGCGCAAUCGCCUCAUUACCCUGAACCUGGCGGAUAAUCGAAUCACUUGUCUGCCCGCAAGUGGACUCUCGAAACUGGUGCGACUGCGGCGUCUGGAUUUGGGCGGAAACCAACUCACGGUCAUUGCACUGCGGGAAGUCAAUCUGUUGAAUAACCCACUGCAGAUAAUCGCGCCUGAUGCAUUUCUUCACUUCUCCGGCGACGGAAUCCUCCAAAUUGUGCAUGAAGAACCGGCUGGUGAUCAGGCAAUUACGUCCUCCUCCGAAAAUCCUAUCGUCCGGUUGCCGAGGUACAGUCAAGUGCAGCAGGAAUUUACCAGUGUCAUUAUGGAGCGGUGUCCCGUUGUGUCAACCACGAAAGCAGCACUGCCGAGCCCCCGAAAGGCAUCAUCGGAUAGCCCGGUGGCCGUUUUCCAAUCAGGCAACAAAAUUUCCACGAUAAUCAUCACUAUUUGCCUAGUUCUCGUGGUGAUUGUGGUCUCAGCCACUGUGGUUUCCUGUCGGGGUUGCCGGCGACGCGGAGCCGUUGAGGGCUCUAAAGGACCCUGCUCCCACCAACAUCACCACCUCAACGGCAGCAACCACCAGAACCUCAGUUCUGGCGGCUCUCUGGUGAAGGGUUACGAAGGAGGUUUGCAGUACCAGCUGACGACUGAUAGUCUCUUCCAGCCCACCUGCUGUUCUGCCGCCGAGCUGACCUCUUUUCACCAAGUCGCACCGACGUGCUGUCACAUGCAACAACAACCGGUGAAGAUGUGCGACACGGAGUGCAAUCACUGUAUUGGUGGCAACAACAACAGCAACAAAGUGAAAACCAGUAGAAGCGCCAAGAAACGGCGGAAACUGUUUACGCUGGGUCAGAAACUGGCCCCGCCGCCCUACCCCCACAACGGACCCACCGUGCACGACAAACUCCUU